AUCGUGGGAAGCAAGCAGGGGAGGGGGUUCAGACUUUAAGGAGUCUGGUUCUAGUCUAUUCCCAAUACUCAAUUUUUCUGCGUUUUUCCAACUCCACAACUACAAGAACCUCGAACCGACUUUACCAUUAUCGGGAUCGAAUCAAAACUGAACAGAUCUGUGAAACCGAAAAAUGGCGACAGAGCAAUCGGUGCUGGCGGUGAUUCGUGCGGCGAGACCAACCUUCCGAAACGCCCACGACAAGAUGGCCUUCGCCGUCCACGCGGCCUUCUCUGCCGCCGGCUACGUCCUCCACGACACCGGUCCGUCCGCCUUCUCCGACCACGCCCUUUCCUCCUCCUCGACCGAUGAAGUGGGGAUCGAUCAGUGGAACGAGUUCGAGGACAGCUACGCUUUCCUCUACUCGAGUCCUGACGGGGGUUCUAAGAAACUGUUGGUCAAGUGUGUGGCCUUGAACGACAAAUUACUCGUUGACGCUUUGAGUGACGGCGCUUCGUCAGAGCCUCUUCAUCUUGAAAUCAAUAUCGAGGACCAUGACAAAGAGAAUGGGGGCUCUAAUUACGGUUCGCAGUAUAAGAAUUUGGAAAAGCUGGUCAGCAGUAUAGAUGAAGAGAUUCUGUCUAAACUAAAUGGUGCUUCACGGCAGAUUUCAUCCACUGAACCUUCAAGUUCUCGGACAAGGGAUGUGAGAGUUACUGAACCCCGGCAUCCUCAACGGCCUUAUCCUACUGGAUAUGUAUAUCCUCCAGUUCCUCCCACUGUUGGUGGCAGUGAUCUCUUUCCCGGGCCUGGUGCUGGAAUGUAUCCUGGCAGAGGUGAUUUUACCCGUGGGGGCAUGUUUGUAGGACCUGACCAUCCUAUAUUUGGUGGGAUGAGAGGGCAACCUGGUUUACCUGGAGGACUACCGGGUCUUCCACCGGGUGCUCGUUUUGAUCCUUAUGGGCCACCUGGUGUUCCUGGAUUUGAGCCUAAUCGGUUUAUCAGAGACCCGAGGGGGCCGAGGGGUGGAUCACAUCCUGACCUGGAGCACCAUCCAGACGGUUCUGACUUCAUUUAGAGGUUCUGAAACUCACCUUAAUUUGUUUUAGCUAAAACUUAGUAAUGUUUACAUGUCUUGUUCAUAGGAUACAUGGAGCCCUUGUAAGCAAAGGUCUGUUUUCUCUUUUAGGCCGUGUGGAGCUUGAUGCAUGGUGAGCAUCUGUUCUAUUACAUAAGCAAAUACCCUUUUUAACGUUAAUUUCAUUUGAAAUCUUCUAUGUUUUUACUUGCACGGCCACUCUAAUGGUUUGUAAUGAAUAGAUGAUCAGUAGUUGAGUUUUCGGUUA